AUGAUUUCUGGCUAUUUAUACCUUCUUCUAAUGCUUCUCCAUCUUUUGUGGCAGGGAGACUGCCAGACGGGCGAGAAGCAGUCGCCGAUCAACAUCGUGAUGGACGAGGCGAAGGAGGAGAGCGCGCCGGAGAAGUUCGUUCUCGAGUACGACUCCGCCGCCACCACCGCAAGCGUUGUCAACCACGGAUACACCGUGCACGUGCACUCGUUCUCGGAGCACGCCGUCAAUGGGCUGUUCGCAGCCAUGGAGGCUCAUUUCGUGCACCAGCACGAGAACGACAACACGUCCCUCGCGGUGAGCAAGGUACCCGCUGCGGUGGACACCAAUAUGACCAUCGAUAGCAAGGUACCACCCGGGGUGGACACCAACACCACCAUUGACGUUCCCGAGAACUUUUGGACGGAGAUGAUCGAUACUUCCAUGGGCUUCUGGCGCUACUCCGGCUCGCUCACCACACCCGCCUGCAGCGAUAUCGUCGAGUGGCACGUGCUGCGCAAGGCCAAAUUCCUCUCCGCCAUCACUUUUAUGAACCUGAUUGCCAAGCAGAACACGGAGCGCACUGACAACCGCCUUCCCGAGCCCCUCAAUGGCCGCACUGUCACUUACUUCACGAAUGUCUCUUCUUAG